AUACUAGCGAACGGCUACAUUUUUUUUCGAGUGUGCUCGACAUUCAUAAUUUUUGUGGUGGAGCUGCCUGCAAAAUCGAAUUUUAUCGGUUUGCCAACGAAGUAUCGGACAUAACUGCAAAUAAAGUUCAACAAUAACUUGGCGCUGUUACGCUCUCAACGAGAAGGCCCAGACUCAAUCCGCGUUUCCAGUUUACCGCGUAGAAGGAACUAAAUAGAAGUUACCAGCUGAACGAUGUCCAGCCUGCCACGUCGCAUCAUCAAGGAGACUCAGCGUUUGAUGCAGGAGCCAGUGCCUGGGAUCAAUGCCAUUCCCGAUGAGAACAAUGCCCGUUACUUCCAUGUGAUCGUGACCGGACCGAACGAUUCGCCCUUCGAGGGCGGCGUGUUCAAGCUGGAGCUGUUCCUACCGGAGGACUAUCCGAUGUCGGCGCCUAAGGUGCGCUUCAUCACGAAGAUCUACCAUCCGAACAUCGAUCGUUUGGGCCGCAUUUGCCUCGACGUGCUGAAGGACAAGUGGAGUCCAGCCCUGCAGAUCCGCACCAUAUUGCUGUCCAUUCAGGCACUGCUCAGUGCACCCAAUCCCGACGAUCCGCUGGCCAACGAUGUGGCCGAGUUGUGGAAGGUCAACGAGGCGGAGGCCAUUCGCAAUGCCCGCGAGUGGACCCAGAAAUAUGCCGUCGAAGACUGAACGCCCGAGGUCAGGAGGAAAGUCAGAAAGCGGAUCCGUCAGUUGUAUGGGCGAUUUUCCAGAAAGUGGGUGCGUGACAUGGACGGGCGGGUGGGGAAAAUGCAUACUUUAAAAACAACCAGAAAAACCUAAAGCAUACGAAAGAAAACAUAAAAUAAGAUAAAAAAAGCAAGCAAGAAAAAAAAAAACGAUUUAAAAACACAUAUUUUUUUUCGAACCUUCUGGGGCGGGAUAUACAUAUAAAAUAUUAAUAUAUAUUUUUUUUUCAACCAAUCGAUCGGGGCGAUCGGCGAAAUGGAAGAGAGAUAGCGAAAGCAUUCUUUAUGUAAAAAAACAUAAAACGAAAAAUGAAAAAAAAAAAAAAAAGAAAACAGUAAUUGGUUUUAAUCGUUUCUAUUGAUUUGUUCGAGGGGUCUGGUGUCUAUAUACAUAUAGCCGUAUAUAAUUCUAUGUGUAACUGAAAUAACCAACCCAUAACCAUUAAAACAUGUAGCAUCAGAUAAUAAAUCAAUUGGAAAGGCAACUAGAAGGGAUUUUGAUUUCCUUGAACUCGUACAUUCAGUCGAAAAGUCAUUUGUAAACUCGGUUUAAAUGUCUAUUCAAAAUAGAGAGUUUUGAAUGUAUAAUUUUCAGUGUUUCAGAAAAUUUAAGAUGUGAUCGUCCAACUCGUAGACUUUACUUUUCUUAACUAAGUUCAACAUUUCGAUCUAUACUUGAGCUUUGCCUGGGUUGUGUCAGAGUCCCUUUUAUAAACGAUAAAUAGUUUUACUCGAAAACAAUUUUUUUUAACCAAACAAUGAAGCCUUUAAGCUAUUAGUAAUUUUUGAAAGAAAAAUAUAUAAAAAAUAUACAAAAAUAUGAUACAUGAACAAAAUACAAUGAAUGCAUACACUAUAUAUUUAUACAAAAAAAAAAAAAAAGAAGUAGUGGCUUGAUUGCGUGAAAAUUUCAAGUGCAGUUCCCAACAAAAAAUGUGUACAGUAAUUAAAUGUUUGUCACCGAAAUCACUAAAGGCUAAUCCAAAAAACAAUAGCAACCGAAAAGCAACCAUAAAUCAAAGAGUAAUCGAAAUAAAAAUUAAGCAAAUA